AUGGACGGAGGCUGGAGCACCAUUGAAUCAGACGAGGGCGUGUUUACCUCGCUGAUCGAAACGCUGGGCGUCAAAGACGUGCAGUUUGAAGAGAUCAUUUCACUGGACGCAGAUUCAAUACGAUCAUUAUCUCCCUACGGCGUCAUCUUUCUCUUCAAAUGGACCAACGACCGCUCGAGUUCACCCAGCCACCCCCCCGACGGAAGCUACGACACCACCGCCGUGGACUCGGGACUCUUCUUCGCCGCCCAGACGAUCCAGAACGCAUGCGGCACCCAGGCCAUCCUCUCUGUGAUUCUGAACCAGGAGAGCAUCGAUCUCGGCGCCGAGCUCUCCUCCUUCAAAGACUUCACGACGGGGUUCCCCCCCUCGUUACGCGGCGAUGCCUUGUCGAAUUCGGAACCGAUCCGCGUCGCGCAUAAUGCUUUCGCCCGCGCGAGUCCCUUUGCAGAUGAAACGGCCCGUCCGCCGCGCCCGGACGAAGAAUCCGCAGACGUAUACCAUUUCAUCGCUUAUACGCCCGUCAACGGAACCCUGUACGAGCUGGACGGCCUGCAGCCGCACCCGAUCAGUCAUGGCGAAUGCGAUCUGGAGUCCUUUCCCGACCGCGUCAUCGAGGUGCUGGCCAGACGUAUCGCGCGAUACCCCGAGGGUGAGAUCCGCUUCAACCUCAUGGCUGUGGUGAGGGAUUUGAGGAUCCGGGCCCGCGAGUUCGGCGAUGCAGAGCUGCUGCAGCGCGAGGAGCGGAAACGUCGCGGGUGGGCCUGGGAGAAUACCUUGCGCCGAUGGAACUUUGUUGGCUUCAUCGGUGAGAUGAUGAGGGGGGUCGUUGCUCUCAAGGAGGGGGAGGGUCCCUCGGCUUACGCGGAUUGGGUGGAGGGUGCGAAGAGCGAGACUCUGAAGCGGAAAGGAUACAGCCAAUGA